CAGAACGGAAGCGGUCAUAUUUUAAUACGCGCGUAGUCGAACUGAAUAUUUACGGCAAUACAGUACUUUUGUUGACGUUUAUAGUAAGAAGAUCAACUACGUUUCUGAUGGAUUUUGAUAUUUUUUUCCUCAGUGUAGACUGCUUGAAAAAGUCCGCACAAAUAAAUUGCAUUUUUCCCAUGUAAAAUAUAUAUAAAACUUCAAAGCUCGACGACAACGCAAAUAUUAGGUGUUUUGAAAAUAAAAAAGCUUUUUCGAUAUUCCUCAGCAUGGUUCACCUGGUUGUAGGAAUUCUUGGUAAUAAAAAAGGAACUAAAGACAACAGACUGCAGAGUAUCCUCGACCAUUAGCUUGCUGGCUGACUAACCGAUUCACUAUUUAUCCACUAAAGCUUUUUCAUGGUUUGUUAAUGGCAAAGGUGUACAUAUCUUGGCCACUCAACUUGAGCAAUGGCUUGAAUUGAAGAAAAUUAAAAUAACAGUCUCACUAUUAAAAUAUUAUUUACCAGGUCUACAUAUUGCAUCAGACGAAACAUAACAAAAAGUCGCUGAUAACGAUAAAGUUAAUAGACUUCUUUAGGAAGCCCGAUGACUAAUUAAAAUUGUUGUUGGAUAGUAAAGAAUAAACAAACAAAAAUUCCAUACGCCAAAGGCAUAUCUAUAAAAGAAGUAUGUAAGUAAAAUAUCUGUAGUAGCGGUCUCCUAUGCAUUCUAUUAGAGAAAAUCAAGGGUAAUACGAUCUAAUGGGCAUGCAAAAAAUGUAACUGUUGAAAGUUUAAAGCUCUGCUCAUUUUUGUUGGCUCUAACUAGUUAAACCGAACGCUGCCUACCUGUGACCUUUUCAUUUAAGCAUUCCUGCUCUUCAUUAAUAAAUAGAUGUAAAAAUCGAUAUUUUUUUCAUUCAUAAUUUUUUACCGUUUUUAUGUUAUUCGCACUUGCAGUGAUGACACAUACUAAACAUGCAUACACGGGUGUGUAUGUAUAUAGAGGGGGGUAACCCAUAUUUAUCUUAUCGCAGUUACUUGCAAUUCUCCGCUAAAGUACAAUGCAAAAGUUGCCAAGUCACUGGAAUUGAUAUUGCUACAAGCACGCUACGUCUACCAGCUGAAAAAUGCUUUAGAUACUAAAUGCAUACAUAUGUACAUAUACAAGUGUCGUUUUGUCUAACCUGCUAGUUCAUGUUAGGCGCGCAACUAAACACCAUCUAAUAAUUUUUGCCACAAUGGCUGUGACGGAAAUUUUAUUAAGUAUUUUUCUCGCGCUUGUCGCUGGCGUCUUUUAUAUUACACGUCGCAAUUUGACUUACUGGCAGAGGAAAGGCAUCCCUUGUGAUCCGCCAGAUUGGCUAUUUGGUAAUCUUAAGGGUUUGAUGAAAACAGUCAGCUUUGCCGAAGCUUUCACAAGAAUCUAUAAGCAUCAUCUGGGUACGGGUCCUUUUUGUGGUUUUUACUUCUUUCAAAGGCCAGCCGUUAUGGUUUUGUCCCCCGAUUUGACAAAACAAGUGCUGAUUAAGGACUUUAGUAAUUUCGUUGAUCGCGGUAAUUUCAGCAAUCCAAAAGAUGAUCCACUCUCUGGACAUUUGUUUGCGCUUGAUAGCCAAAAGUGGCGUGUUAUGCGCAACAAACUAUCGCCCACUUUUACCUCCGGCCAAAUGAAAUACAUGUUUCCCACGGUGACUGCGGUAGCUGAGCGAUUCGUGGAAACCUUAGACGGUGAGAUCGCAAAGAGCAACGUUAUCGAGAUUAAAGACAUCAUGGCGCGUUUCACCACCGAUGUGAUUGGAUCGUGCGCUUUUGGCAUUGAAUGCAACAGUCUGAAGGAUCCGGAUGCCAUAUUUCGUAGAAUGGGACGUAGCGUUCUCACUGAUCGUCGACAUUCGAACUUCGUUAAUAGCUUAAUUCACGCGGCGCCGAAAUUGGCUCGCAAACUUCACGUGCGUAUAUUUCCAGAUGAAAUUACCAAUUUCUUUAUAAAUAUUGUACGCGAGGCUGUGGAAUACAGGGAGAAGAACAAUGUGCAUCGGAAGGACUUUUUGAACAUACUGAUGGAAUUGAAUAAAGGAAAGUUGAAAUUCGCUGAUAAAAUGGAUGAGAAGGGUCUAACCGUCGAGGAAAUGGCGGCACAGUCGUUUGUAUUCUUUGUAGGUGGCUUUGAGACAUCGUCGUCGACACUGUCCUUCAUGUUGUAUGAGCUCGCGCAGAAUUUGGCGAUUCAGCGGCGCAUGCGCGAGGAAAUCACGGAGACGCUAGCGCAAUACGACAACGAGGUAACAUACGAAUGCAUCAAUUCAAUGCCGUACAUGAAGCAAGUCAUCGCAGAGACGCUACGCAUCUAUCCAAUUUUACCGCAUCUCCAACGUGUAGCUCUGAAGGAUUACGUUGUGCCUGACCAGCCGAAUUACGUGAUCGAAAAGGGCAUGCCCGUAUAUAUACCAGUCAUGGGUAUACACCACAAUCCUGAAAUUUAUCCCGAGCCAGAGAAGUUCAACCCGGAUCGUUUUUCUCCGGAAGCGAAGGAGUCCCGGGACGCCAUCAAUUGGCUGCCAUUCGGCGAUGGUUCACGCAAUUGUAUUGGCAUGCGAUUUGCACAAAUGCAGAUGCGCGUCGCCUUAAUUUACCUGCUGCGUAAUUUCGAGUUUUCUACAUGCGAGUUAACAGAAAUCCCCUUGCAAAUGGAUCCAAAGCAGUUUUUGACAUCCAGCACAAAUGGAAUAUACUUGCAACUGAAGCGUGUUUGAGUCAAUUAAAGUGUUUUUUUUUAUUGUUAUUAAAAACUGCGAAAAGCCAAAUAUGUACAUGAAAAGGAGCCAAGUUUGUUUUAAAUUGCCACUCAGAAUCAACUGAUAAAUAUUAUUCACAAAACCCUAUAAUUAAGUAAUUUGUGAGGGUUUACAUAGAAAUAUAUGUAUGUGUUAAAAUUAUAUUAUAUGCUGAAAAUGUUUGUAUAAUGAAUUUAAUUGUUUCGAUCCGACAAAAACAAGUACAUAUAAUAAGUGUGUGUAGUUGUAUAUCCCAACCUUGUAAUUUGUUAAACUUGCAAGCUGCUUACUCGCAAUAUGAGCGCUUUGAACACAGUGUGCUACUUCGAUGGCCUUAAGCUGCAUUAAAUAAAAUAUAAAAAAAGUUAAAUUAAAUAAAAUAAAAAAAAAACAAGUAAUAAACAAAA